CACGGAACGGAGGCAGGAGGUGAGGCGGCGCCCGCGAGCACCAACUCAUCCGAAACUUGCGCGCAGUGGUGGGCGCAGCGCGGAGGAUGGGCUGGUGCGGCCGCUGCUCGGGGCCGCCGCCGUCGCUGCCGCUGGUGCUGCUGGUGCUGCUGGCGGCGCCCGGCGCUGGCGCGGCCCCGCGCUCGGCGCUCUACUCGCCGUCCGACCCGCUGACGCUGCUGCAGGCGGACUCGGUGCGCGGCGCCGUGCAGGACUCGCGCAGCGCCUGGGCCGUGGAGUUCUUCGCCUCCUGGUGCGGCCACUGCAUCGCCUUCGCCCCCAUGUGGAAGGCGCUGGCCAACGACGUCAAAGACUGGAGGCCGGUGCUGAACCUCGCUGCCCUGGACUGUGCUGACGAGGCCAACAGCGCCGUCUGCAGAGACUUCGACAUCCCCGGCUUCCCGACCGUGAGGUUCUUCAAGGCCUUUUCCAAGAGCGGCCCCGGAGCGACGCUGGCAGUGGCCGGAGCGGACAUGCAGACGCUGCGGCAGAGGCUCAUCGACGCCCUGGAGACCCAUACCACCACGUGGCCCCCCGCCUGUCCUCCGCUGGAGCCCACCGGGCUGGAGGAGAUUAAUGGGUUCUUUGCAAGAAACGACGAAGAGUACCUGGCUCUGAUCUUUGAGAAGGAAGGCUCCUACCUGGGUAGAGAGGUGAUCCUGGACCUGUCCCAGCGCCAGGGCCUCGCGGUGCGCAGGGUCCUCAGCACGGAGGCCGACGUGGUGAGCAAGUUCGGCGUCACGGACUUCCCAUCCUGCUACCUGCUGUUCCGCAACGGCUCUGCCUCCCGGGUUCCCGUGCUCAUGGAGUCCCGGUCCUUCUACACCACCUACCUGCAGCGGUUCGCGGGGGCCACCCGGGAGGCCGCCCAGACCACGGUUGCGCCCAUCACUUCGAACACGGUCGCGCCCACCGCGUGGAAAGUUGCAGACCGCUCCAAGAUCUACAUGGCUGACCUGGAAUCCGCACUGCACUACAUCCUGCGGGUGGAAGUGGGCAAGUUCUCCCUCCUGGAGGGGCAGCGCUUGGUGGCCCUGAAGAGGUUUAUGGCGGUCCUGGCGCAGUACUUCCCCGGCCAGCCCUUGGUCCAGAACUUCCUGCACUCCGUCAACGACUGGCUCCAAAAGCAGCAGAGGAAGAAAAUUCCCUACGGCUUCUUCCAGACGGCCCUGGAAAGCAGGAAGGAGGGCAUCGUGAUCGCCAAGAAGGUGAACUGGGUCGGCUGCCAGGGGAGCGAGCCACACUUCCGGGGCUUCCCCUGCUCCCUGUGGGUCCUCUUCCACUUCCUGACCGUGCAGGCCACGCGGCACAACCUGGAUCGCUCUCAGGAAGCAGCCAAGGCCCAGGAGGUCCUGCAGGCCAUCCGGGGCUACGUCCGCUUCUUCUUCGGCUGCCGGGACUGCGCCGGCCACUUCGAGAAGAUGGCUGCCGCCUCCAUGCACCGCGUGGGCAGUCGGGACAGCGCCGUCCUCUGGCUGUGGUCCAGCCACAACAAGGUCAACGCCCGCCUCGCAGGGGCCCCCAGCGAGGACCCCCAGUUCCCCAAGGUGCAGUGGCCGCCCCGGGAACUCUGUUCCCCCUGCCACAACGAGCUCCGGGGGACGCCCGUGUGGGACCUGGGCAACACCCUCAGCUUCUUCAAAACCCACUUCUCCUGGAGCAACAUCGUCAGGGACCCUCCUGCGACCGAGCCGCCCCGGCGGGGAGCGCUGAGGAUGGCCGCCACCGCGGAGCCGGAGCCGGAGCCGGAGCCGGAGCCGGCGGCCGGGAACUCCAGUCUGGGCCCCGCGGCCGCGGAGAGCAGGGUGGGCCCAGGGGCCGCGUUCCCCGGGACGGUCGUCCUGGGGGCCUUAGCGGACAGACUCGGGGCGAGCGGCCCCCCGGAGGAGGUGCAGGCUGGCCUCGGCGUGACGGGGGCCGAGCUGCAGCCAGGGCCCCCUGAGCACGGAGCGGGUCUCCCGAGGGGGGAGCAGCUGGAAGGGCAGGAGCCCCUGAUCCAGCGGGAGCCGGGAGCCGGGCUGCCGGCGGGGCUCCCGGCCGAGGACCUGCCCGGGGACCCCGCCGAGCGGAGGCGCGUGGUCCGCAGCUCCGAGCAGCUGGCCGCCGUCCCCGAGCGGGAGCGGGAGCGGGAGCCGGGGGCCGGAGCCCUGCCGGGCCGGGGCCAGUGGCUGCAGGUGCUGGAGGGGGACUUCUCGCACCUGGACGUCAGCCUCUGUGUGGUGCUCUACUCCCUGUCCUUCAUGGGGCUGCUGGCCAUGUACACCUACUUCCGGGCCAGGAUGAGGGCCCUGAAGGGCCAUGCCGGCCACCCCACGGCCUGACCCGUCCCCCACCCCGGGGCGGGCGGCAGGACAGAGAGCUGCUCCCCGCGGGCUCCUCCGGUCCCCUGCCUCCUCCCCGCCGAGCUCUUGGUCCCCGGAAACCCAGGAGAGCCAUUGCCCCAGCGAACCCUCCUUGGUCCCUGUGGGAAGGGAUGUUCCCAAGACAGGAAGAGGUGCAGGGUCCAGGCUCCUCAGUCAGCACGGAGGAGGGGUGGGGGGGCAGCCCUGGGCAGGGAGGGGGGGAGGCGCUGUCCUCGGCUUCUCAGCACCUCGUUCCUCUCUUUCAGCUUCUCUGAAGCCCCGCCUCCUUCUUGCUGCCGCUCCAAUGUCUCCUGCUCGGUCUUGGCCCUACAUGGGGGCAAGCGAGCCUCAGUUUCCAAGGCUUCCCAUCGGAGGAGGGUCCCCGGGCUGAGUGGGCUGGAGCAGGAGUCCUCCCUACGCCCCAGGGCCCCGCCCACCCCGCUCCCUUCUGGAUACGAGAGGCCCUCGCACCUGAGAAGGAAGGACCACCUCUGGGGCUGGUGGCCUGCCCAGCCUCGGCCCCUCAGACCUCCCGGCUGUGGGGGUUGGCUUGGGCGUAGGGACUGGAAGCUUGUGGAAUCCUGUGACCUCCCAGGUGACAUCUGUGGGACCCGUAGGGCCUGGUCCCUCCCAGACCUCUGCCGCAGGGAGGGCACAGGCUGGGGCUGGGGUGUGGGGGCUUGCUGGGUGAUGGUGGCGGGGCUGGGGUGAGCGGCUGGCUUAGCGGGACCUGGUGAGGGGCGGUGUGGGGUUGAGGUUGGGGGUGUGGGGACCUGUAGUGCCUUACUCGGGGCUGAGCUGGGGGAGGUAGCGUGAACAAGCUUCACGUGUGCUCUUUGGCUCUCCUUCCUUCGGCUCAGCUCCGUGGGAGCUGGAUCUUCCUUGAUUUUGAUUUUCAAGAUAGACGCUAAUCUUUGAGUGCGGGCGUGAGAAGGUGAAAGGGUCGGAGGGGCGGGUGACGCUGUACAUACACAUGGCUUGAGUCUCACUCUGCCCACUGCUGCCGAGGGCUGUGGAAUAAAUUAUUUUUGUUAAGGCAAGC